GGAAGCCAGCCUAGAGUUCAUUGAUGCACCCAUUCCAGUGGUGUAACGGGUGUUUCUGUGGCCUGGGACUGGUUAGUACCAACAAGUCCUGCUCCAUGCCACCCAUCAGUUUCCAGGACCUUCCUCUCAACAUCUACAUGGUCAUCUUUGGCACGGGCAUCUUCGUCUUCAUGCUCAGCCUCAUCUUCUGCUGCUAUUUUAUCAGCAAACUCCGGAACCAGGCGCAGAGUGAACGAUAUGGCUAUAAGGAGGUGGUACUUAAAGGAGAUGCCAAGAAGUUGCAAUUAUAUGGGCAGACCUGCGCAGUCUGUCUGGAAGACUUCAAGGGGAAGGACGAGCUGGGUGUGCUCCCAUGCCAACAUGCCUUUCACCGGAAGUGUCUGGUGAAGUGGCUAGAAGUACGCUGUGUCUGCCCUAUGUGUAACAAGCCCAUUGCUGGGCCCUCGGAGGCCACUCAGAGCAUCGGGAUCCUAUUGGACGAGCUGGUGUGAGUGCUACUUCUAUGCCAAGACCU